UAUUUACAGUUUGCUAAAAAUAUUACUAAAUUUGCAAAACCCUGACAGGAAGGGAACGGGACCCCAAUCGGAGGAGGCAUACGGACAGACACUACUGAUGGACAGACCGACAGCCCCGCAGCUAUCGGUGGGUGACGUGACCUUUGACUCCAUAGAGAUAGUGUGGAGUUUCCCUCUGGAAAGCCCUAACCUAACGGUGGCGUUGGCGACAAUCAAUGGGUAUUACAUAUACUCUAAAAGCCAUUCCUCUCAAUGGAUGGACAAACAGAUCCGUCAGAAAAUCAGUUCCUAUACUGCGAUAGACUUACUCUGCGGUACACUCUAUCAGUUUUAUGUCGUGGCGUACAAUGCGAUGGGAAAGGGAGACCCGAGUGAUGCCAUUGCUAUUAAGACCAAAGGAUCAGUGCCGGCAUCUCCCAAACAUAUGACUGAAUUGGUUGUGGCGAACACGACGUCGGCGCUCAUUCGUCUGGACAGUUGGCCAUCAAACGGCUGUCCCAUCAAAGAGUUUGUCAUAAAAUACAAACCAUCCAAAUAUGAAACCGAUUGGAGCGAAGUGUCGGCUCAGGUGUGGCCCCAGGAGUCGCUCAUUGAGAUACAGGCGCUCAGCCCCGGGAACUGGUAUUUACUCAAUGUUAAGGCUAUCAAUGAGGCGGGCAGUGCUGAGCAAACCUACCAGUUCGCCACACUUACGGCACAGGGAGGCACAGUAUCGCCACUGUCCGAGAGGGAGCCGUUAGGUUUGGAAAGCAUAACAAUAGUAAUACCUGUGAUAUGUUCGGUGAUUGUGUUGACUGUGAUACUAAUCAUUGGCUUAAUUGUGGUCAAUAAGCGCCGACUGCCGGCCACUCAUAACCCAAACCAAUCGCUACAUAAUCAGCAAAACCACUGCCGCGACGACCAGCUAUUGGGCUCAGCCUACCAUUUAUCGGUACUGGACAGUCAGCCCCCGAAGGACAGCCACGAGAACCAGUGCUUCCACACGACUGUCCUCAACCAGAAACAGAUAUACUUUCAGUCGCCGUACGCCCUCUCC